AUGGUCAGACAACAUGGCAGUUUAGAGAAGGAUGAAGAGACGAACCAGGCGGCCUGGGAGGCGGCGCGUGGUGCGCUAGUCGGCGGUACAAAGUGGGGUGCUUUCUUCGCCGUAGGAGGCGGUGUCGCGUAUGCGUUUUCCCCCCUCUACCGCGGUCUGACUGUCCAAUUCAAAACAUACAUACAAAUGAGUGGUAUGAUACUAGGCGGCAUGCUCGAAGCAGACAAGCGCAUGGUGAAUUAUCAGCAUCGCGUUAGACAUCAUAAGAGGCUGGCGAGGGAUAUGGAGAUCUGGAGACGGUACGAGGAUACGUACGAGGAGAGAGGGACGCCAGGAGUAGGAGCGGAGAGCGAUGUACAUGGACCAGAUGGAAAAAGUGCAUAG